UGGCUAUUGUAAAUAACGCUGCAGUGAACAUAGGGUUGCAUAUAUUCUUUUGAAUUAGGGUUUUGGAAUGUGCUACAUUUUAAAGUUUUGUUUUGGCAGCCUGGCAUCUGCACGGGGUUCUGCAGACAACAAUUUUAUCUCUGUACGGAGCAUUUGGGCUUCCCCCUGUCUAAUCUUGUAUAAACAUUUUACAAACAACGUCCCUUGGGAAGUCCUUGGCCACCGUCCAGCCUCCUAGAGCCAGAUACUACAUUGCUGACUUCAGGGUGGUCCUCGGGAAUCGUUAUUUGUUGGGACCAGGAUAUUUUUAAGCGUGUGAAAACACUUGUAGAGUGAGGAGAAAGCAGCAUGUUAGCACUGCAGCUUUGUAAAACACUGAAGCAAAGUUCCUUUGUUCAGAGUGGCAGAAUGAGAAAGGCUCAAGGCUGUUGUUCCAAGUUUUUAGAGUUAAAAGGUUUACCAAAUGAGGUUUGCUUUUUCUUCAUCCUCUUUAAAUCCCCCCAGUCAUGCUUGCUUGCUUGCUUUCAGUAUUGCCAAAUGAGAGAAGCCUCCAGAGUGCUGCUAAAAGCGAUAAUUUGGAUCUUUUGGAGAAGCUGUUUGAAAAAAAGGUUAACAUUAAUGCUGUGAACGACAUGAACCGCACAGCCCUGCAUUUUGCAGUGGGGGCAAAUCAUUUAUCUGCAGUGGAUUUCUUGCUUAAUCGCAAGGCCAGGGUGGAUGUUGCUGAUAAGCAUGGCUUGACAGUAAUUCACCUUGCAGCCUGGUCUGGAGGCCUCAAGAUCAUGCUCAUGCUGGUUAGAGCUGGAGCAGACCAGAGAGCCACGAAUAGGGAUGGAAUGGCUGCCCUUCACUUCACAGCUCAGAGCAAUAAUGUGCGCAUUGUGGAGUACCUCACUCAAGAUCUGCACCUGAAGGACCUGGACCAGCCUGAUGAGAAUGGAGAAACACCCUUCGUCCUAGCUGUUGGAGGAGGUCAUGGAGAAUGCAGCAAAGUGCUGGUGGCAGCAGGACGUGCUAUCAACAUUCCAAAUAAACUCAAUACCAGUGCUUUGCAGAUAGCAACCCAGAAUGGCCACACAGCCCUUGUCAGCCUUCUUCUCAGGGAGAACGCUGAUCUGCACCAGAAUGUGACGCCUAAGGCGUCCGCCCUUCGUUUAGCUGUUAUCAACAACCACAGCCUGGUCAACAGCUUAAUAAGUGCACAGCAUGACACUGACGUCUUAAAUCAGAGGCAGCAGACUGCUUUGCACGUAGCUGCCGACCUUGGGAACGUGGAUGUGGUGGAAACCCUGCUGAAGGCAGGCUGUGAUCUGAAGGCUGUGGAUAAGCAAGGGAAGACUGCCUUGGUGGUGGCCUCCCAGAGCAACCACAGCCUUGUUGUGGACAUGCUCAUAAAAGCAGAAAGAUACUAUGCCUGGAGAGAGAAGCAUGGUGAGAGCCCCAGGGACGCACCAACCAACUUUCCUCUGACAUUCAAGCAAGAUCACAGCCAGGAGACCAGGCAUAUUGACAGUCUCCUCUGGAACCUGGCUUAUCGUCGGCUGAAGGCCAGCGAGUGACAGAGGCCGGCCCGAGCAUGGAACUUCACAGAUGACCAGAUCAGAGCCAUCGAGGAGCAGUGGUCAGGACAGGACAGCUUCCGUGAACACGGCCACAGGGCUCUGCUCAUCUGGCUGCAUGGGGCCCUGAUGAUGCAGGCCGCGCCGGUCAGGCACCUGUACGAAGACCUGGUCCGCACAGGUUUCCAAGAACUAGCUGGUGAGUGACAGUUUUCAAUAGAUACACACUCCUGGUCCCUUGAAAUGUUAGGGGACCGUUGGCAGAGACACUGCCCUGAACAGCAACGGUCCCAGCUUGGGAUUCACUGGGGCUCAGUCAGCAUAG